ACUGGUGGUAAAACCGGUGGAAAGGCUAGCAGCGACUCUGCUGGCAAGUCGCAGAAGUCGCACUCUGCAAAAGCUGGUCUUCAGUUUCCAUGCGGUCGUGUCAAGCGUUUCUUGAAGUCGCAAACCCAGAACAAGAUGCGCGUGGGCGCUAAGGCUGCUGUCUACGUUACCGCUGUCCUCGAAUAUCUCACUGCCGAAGUUUUGGAACUGGCUGGCAACGCUGCGAAGGAUCUCAAGGUCAAGCGUAUUACGCCAAGACACUUGCAACUUGCGAUCCGUGGUGACGAGGAGUUGGACACGUUGAUCCGUGCUACUAUUGCCUUUGGUGGUGUCCUCCCACACAUCAACCGCGCGCUCCUGCUCAAGGUGGAACAGAAGAAGAGCAAGAAGGCCGAUGCAUGA